GCGACCCGCCAGCUCCUGGAGCGGCUCAGCCCGGCGCCCUCGGCCCGCGCCCACAGCCCGCCUAGGCGGCGUCGGCCCGCGCUCCGCCCGCCGCGCUCCGGGCUCGGAGGUCCCGACUCCGGGUUCGCCGUCUCCCGGGCCGGCCCCGCGCCCCGCACCCCCGGCGCCCCGCGUCCCGGGCGCCCCACGGCGCGCACCAUGCCGCAGCUGGACGCAGGCGGGAGUGGCGCGGGCGGCGGCGACGACCUGGGCGCGCCCGACGAGCUGCUGGCCUUCCAGGACGAGGGCGAGGAGCAGGAUGGCAAGAGCCGCGACAGCGCCGCCGGCCCCGAGCGCGACCUGGCCGAGCUCAAGUCGUCGCUCGUGAACGAGUCCGAGUCCGAGGGUGCGGCCGGGGGCGCGGCGGUCCCGGAGACCGGGAGCGCGGCGGGCGGCGAGGCCGAGGUGGGCGCCGAGGCUCUCGCACGCGAGCGCACCUCGCAGAGACUUUUCGCCGACAAACUUCCAGAGCCCCUGGAGGACGGCCUGAAGGCUCCGGACUGCGCCAGCGGCAUGUACAAAGAGACUGUCUACUCCGCCUUCAAUCUGCUCAUGCACUACCCGGCCCCCUCGGGCUCAGGGCAGCACCCCCAGCCGCAGCCCCCGCUGGUAAGUGGCCCCAGCAGCCAGUGUCCGUCCAGUGCCUGCCGUCUCGCUGACCAGCACAAGGCCAGCCAGCCCCCCCACAGCGUCCCCCAACUCUCUCCUCUCUAUGAACAUUUCAGCAGCCCGCACCCCACUCAGGCCCCUGCAGACAUCGGCCAAAAGCAAGGCGUUCACAGGCCUCUGCAGACUCCUGAGCUCUCUGGCUUCUACUCUCUGACCUCAGGCAGCAUGGGACAGCUUCCCCACACCGUGAGCUGGCCCAGCCCUCCUCUCUACCCCCUGUCCCCUUCCUGCGGAUAUAGACAGCACUUCCCUGCCCCCACCGCAGCCCCUGGCGCCCCCUACCCCAGGUUCACGCACCCAUCGCUGAUGCUGGGCUCGGGCGUGCCCGGGCACCCGGCCGCCAUCCCGCACCCAGCCAUUGUGCCAUCCUCAGGGAAGCAGGAUCUGCAGCCCUAUGACCGAGGCCUGAAGACACAGGCAGAAUCCAAGGCAGAGAAGGAGGCCAAGAAGCCAACCAUCAAGAAGCCCCUCAACGCGUUCAUGCUGUACAUGAAGGAGAUGCGGGCCAAGGUGAUCGCGGAGUGCACGCUCAAGGAGAGCGCAGCCAUCAACCAGAUCCUGGGCCGCCGGUGGCACGCGCUGUCUCGGGAAGAACAGGCCAAGUACUACGAGCUGGCCCGCAAAGAGCGGCAGCUGCACAUGCAGCUGUACCCGGGCUGGUCGGCGCGGGACAACUACGGGAAGAAGAAGAGGCGCUCUCGGGAGAAGCACCAGGAGUCCGCCUCAGACCCCGGCUCACCUAAGAAAUGCCGCGCUCGCUUUGGCCUCAACCAGCAGAUGGAUUGGUGUGGCCCAUGCAGGAGGAAAAAGAAAUGCAUUCGGUACUUACCCGGAGAAGGCCGCUGCCCCAGCCCCGUUCCUUCCGAUGACAGUGCUCUAGGCUGCCCCAGCUCCCCCGCUUCCCCGGACUCGCCCUCAUACCUCCUGCCGCCCCACUUCCCCACAGAACUGCUCGCCUGCCCCGUGGAGCCGGCACCAGCGCCCCCGGGUCUCUCCACUGCCCUGGGCCUCCCAGCCCUCGGACCCCCGCAGGCCCCCUGCGGCAUCCUGCAGAGCACACAGGUUCAGCACCAGGAGCCCCAGAGCCAGGCAGCCUAGCACCGUGGCCCCUGCCCCUCCAGGGGCUCAGCCCCGGCCCUAAGAGGAAAGGCCCGGGAAGCUGGUGGGGCCUGUGUGCCCGUCUCGGGCCAGCCCACAUUCUCAGCAACUGCCUGUAAACUGCAAGCAGUGGGACCAACUCAUCAGCAUGGCAUCUCAGUAGGGGCACUGGGGCGACAGCACACCCACAUCUGUUUUGUUUUUGACCACUGGUCUCUGAUAGCCAAUGCCCCAGCCUCCCUUGCCUUUGUGCCAUAGGUUAGGUGGACUGGACGGAGCCCAGCCACCCUCCUACCUGUGCCUCCCUGUCCCCCUGUGCACAGCCUCCCCAUCCCAGACACUUCCUGGAGCAAGAGUGAGCUGGUUUAGCAGGCAGAACCCACAAAGCUCGGACUAACAGCUCCUCCCCGGGCCCGGGGGAGCGCUAUUCACACAGAACAGCUGCCGCCUGUGAGCCGACUAGAGGAAGGGGAGAGGACUUGAGGCCUGUCCACACGGCCGUCCUGUAGUUCAGAGGACGUGGACAUGUUCCUGAGAAACUCGGCAGCGCAAGCAGCUCUGACGCCAAGGCCCAGUUCAACAGGCCCCACUGCAGUGCGUCUCCUCUCACAGCGCCAUGGACAGCUGAGAGCACAAACCUCAGCCUCCCAACAGCCAGCGCCAGCGCCUAUCUCCAGCUGGCUUUCCCACGGGCUGCAGGAAGGAAGGCCAUCACUACCAGCGCAGGAGUCCAGAAGGCGCUCGUGGUGGACAGGCUGUCACCACAGCCCACUUUAAUCCAUUUUUGAGCCAAGCUUCAACCCUGAGCCUUGAAAAACAAAUCUUUUUCUAAUUUAAUGGUUUUGGUUUUUGCCUCCUCACUAUGUACAUAACCUGAAGCCAAAGAAAAAGGGUCCUCCCUGUAUUCACACUUCCCUCAAUAAAAGCCUUAGUCCUACUCAGAAUCCAAAGUUCACAUAUUCUAGCUUAGUGUCGCAACAAAUCUUAGAAAAAUAGGUCAAUGUAGCAAAGUAUUUUUAUAUUGUUAAUGCAUUAUCAUAGAAAAAAAUUUUUUAACUUGAGAAUAAAGAUACUUUUUAUGGGUUUGCUUCCAA